AUGCCUGUCGUGGAAUUUGUGUGGUGGAAUGGGACGGAGGAAUUCCUUGGAAAUCUGGAUGCUUUAUUCAAGCCCACCAUAAACCAUGUUUCAAAGGCUGAUGGAUGCCUUCGGAGAAGCAUGCCCCAAAUUGAAACGAUUCUGUUUGGAGGAUCCUUUUUGGCGUUCAAGAAAACAAAAGCAUUUUUUGGAUGA